AUGGAACUCGGCAGUCACGGCGUGAAAAUGGAAGACCUGCACGAAUACGCUGAGCUCUUGCAUCAAUCAAAUGAUGAGGGUGCUAAACGAAUGAUAAGUCGUGUGAGUGGCAUACUAGAGGCUACGGACGAUGCUGGUCGAAGUACUCCUCAUUUUGCUGCCGUUGGAGGAUGUCUACCAAUUCUUCAGUUUUCCAUUUCACAAGACAAGUCGGCUGCUGACCGACCUGACGCGAUGGGCUGGACACCUUUGAUGAUUGCGGCAUCUGCGGGUCGACUUGAAAUUGUACGCCAUUUGCUUUCGCUUCCAGAUGUUGAUGUCAACCACAGAAAUCUGAAUUUGCUAACACCUUUGCACUAUGCAUGUAGCAAGAACCACGCUCUGAUAGCACAUAUGCUGCUCGAGGCUGGUGGUGACGUGAAUGCAUCGGAUAAGUACGGUGCGACGCCUCUUCAUCGAGCAGCUAGCCAGGGUCAUGACAGGGUGCGUAGUUUUCUUCAUGGGCACUUUUUCAAAACUCUUAGAGAAAGAAACUUAGAGAAACUUCUGAGGCUAUUCGUUGCUUGUGAGGAAGGUCGUGACGAUGCGGCUAUAGCUUUGGUAGCGAAAGGAGCGGAUCCGUUAUUGGAAAACAAGGUGAACGGUUGGAAGAAGUGUACAGUGCAACUUCUACUUAUGUUAUAG